AUGGUCGAAAAUGGAGGGGUAGAAGCUUCCGUUCCAUUGCCAUACGGUGAGCAACAGGGGAGUUUUAUGGGUGUUGUUGCAUUCUCUAACAGAGAUGAUGGCUUCUUCAGUGGUGAAGCCAAUUAUUUGUAUCAGAAAAUAUACACUGGGUAUCGCUAUCAAUGUGUGGAAUACGCUCGUCGCUUUCUCAUUCUUACCACCGGAUGUGUUUUUGGCUCCUGUGGAGGCGCAAACGAGAUAUUUGAAAUGAAAACUUUGAAACACAUAGAGACGGAUGCAAAGCUUGAUUUUAUUGCACACCCAAACGGCAAAUCGAAGCGUCGGCCUACACCUGGUGACAUCAUCGUCUAUCCGCGCCACUCUCAGCUGCUUCCGUGGGGUCAUGUUGGUGUUAUUUCGUAUGUGCACAAUCAAAAAGUGGGCAUCGCAGAGCAAAAUUACUCUUUUUCAUUGUUUACCUCCCCCGACCCGGGCUACCUUGGGGGAGAGCGCUGCGUGAGCCGUUAUUUGGAUCUCGAGCUGACAGCCGAUGGCAACUGGCAGCUGAGGGAACGCCAAAGGAAUCAUCCGGACUGUCUUGGCUGGAUGUCAUAUCCCAGGGCCUCUCGGCGGAGUUCAAUUCAUGAGCCACUGCAGGCUCCACCCGAGCAACGGAGGGUGCGGGCGACGCCAUUGGAUCAGGAGGACCACCCCUGUUUGUGGCGCUUUGCGCUUCCAGAAGACAAAUUCCCUUUUCGCUCACUCUACGUUUUUCGUCACGGCACGGGUGAGGCACUAAUAGGGGCUGUAACCGCCUUUUCUCGAAUAGUUCGUGUUACACUGGAGUUUCUCUUCAACCGAUGCCAGUUGUCGGCUGGGCUUGCUGCCUUAUUCUCCAGUUUACUCGGGGCUGGUUUUCAGGAUAUACCGAAGAAGUUGAAAGACAUCAUUGAAGCCGCGGCGAAUGAAGAUGACAAUGAUGCAUUGAUGGAGCAUGCCAUUGCGGCCUAUUUUUCCUUACCAGAGGAUGUCAUUACAGCAAUGCGUCGUGAGUUUCGGCUAGCCAUGACCCACAUGAGUGCUCAUAUCACCUAUCGUUUUAAUUUGGCAGCAGAUGUCCAGAAGCAACUUGAAAGCGGCGUUGAAAUGCACUGCUUAAAAGCUGUAGAAUUACAUGAUGAGGCCUGGGUAGUGGAAAAUGUCAACUUUGGGAAUCCCUGGAUCCUUUCUGAGCUUUCCGUGGCACUUGCUUCAAAGGGGUCAUGUCAGGAGUUUCUUUGGGAGGCCACUCGACCUGAAGCAAUUUGUCUGAUCCCAUGUGAAUUUCGAACGGAUUUCUUACGAUACGUCAAGCAUGUGGAAAAAAUGCGUGGUUCGCGUACUGGUUUCACGAUUAUUAAAAGCUCUUCGUUUCGGGGCGAUGAUGCAGACACAGUUACAGCAUCUAUUCUCUCCUUCUGUGAGGCCUUUCAAUACCCCACUUUUGUUUUUGAUGAGUCUCGCGUUUGGUAUGACUCAGAACAAUCAAAACUCUACGGGCGUUCCACUACAGGAGCCAAUUUACACGUUGACUUUUGCUUCUGCAUGACGGAGUGGCCGGAUAUUUUGUCUGCAGCUGCGGAUUCUUUCGAAGGGAAGUUAGAGGGCCGUUCCGCUCUUCGCCAGGCGGCAACUGACCCUCGCGCAGACGUGGUAUUUGCGAAGCCUCUAUGGUCACUUCUCUGCUCUGGCAGUGUUAAUCGGAUAAAAGACGGGGCGAAUGACACAAGCGUCAAGUUUUUUGACAUUAGCCGCUGUCUCUAUGAGUUUUUUUUGCCCAAACAGCCUCUAGAAACACUGGAAUCUGACUUGCAUGAGUACAGGGAUUCGUGCCGCCGCUGCCAUUUGACCAGCGCCCCAGCACCGGAGCUUAUUUCUAAAAGUGUCCGAGGGGAAACCGUCAUGGUGGACUUUGCAGCGAGCUGCGUCACUGGACGUGAGGCGGAUGGCAAGGCUGCCGGACUCAUGUAUUUGUUCCUUUGA